AUGGACCUUUCUAAAGCUUAUGACUGCCUAUCACACGAUCUCCUGAUUGCAAAGCUUGCUGCUUACGAAUCAGAGGUAUGUAAUUUUGCCGACGACAAUACAUUGUAUGCAUGUGGUUUGAAGUUGGCUACUGUACUAAAUUCAUUAACUGUUGAUACACAAAAUAUGCUACAUUGGUUUAAAAUCAACUCACUAAAAGCCAACCCAACCAAAUUUCAAUUUAUAAUACUAGGUAAAAAAACAAGAGAUAAAAUCACUCUACCACUUGAAUCAGUUACUUUAAAUGAGUCUGACCACGUUACACUCCUAGGUAUUCAAAUUGACAAUAAAUUAAACUUCAAUCAACAUAUAAACAACUUGUACUCGAAGGCAAAUUUUAAACUUCAUGCAUUACGAAGACUACGACCUUAUUUAUCGCAACCCAAAGCAAAAAUACUCAGCUCAAGCUUUAUACAGAGUCAAUUUAACUAUGCACCCCUUAUUUGGAUGUUCUGCAGUAAAACUGCAUAUAGUAAAAUAGAGCGAGUACAUUAUAAAACAUUGAGGGUUGUAUACGAUAUAGUGAAAGCUGACUAUAUUGACAUUUUAGAAAAAUACAAGGACAAAUCCAUCCACCAACGCCACUUAAAAACUUUAGCAAUAGAGGUGUUUAAAAGCAUUGAAUCUGAACCCUGA